AUGAGUGACAAGAUAUUCUACGGAGUAUGGAUUAACUGGAGCCGAGGUCAACCGAAUGGUUCCACCAUAACGCUGUCAGCCUCUAAUGCCAACGUCCUUGUUGCCUUUUUGGCUAUAUUCGUGUCUGUCUCUGGAGCGGCUUUGUGGAGGAUAUUGGCAUUCACUCUUCAUCAAAGACGAAUCACCAGACACGAGAGAGACGGGAUGCACUAUCAACAUCAGAACAUCUUGCGCAAUACACCUUCACCAGGUAUCGCUUCCUGGCAGCUAAUCUGGCUCAUUCCGCCAUGGUCCAAAGUUACCAGUCGGUCAUUCCUACGGACAUUUCCACUGAUACUCGUUGCUCUCCUGAAUCUAUCGGUCUUCCUCACAGCCGGUAUAUUGGUAGCUGAGGUGACUCGAACCGCCGGUACUGAUGUUCUCGUCAGGAGUGGGAGUUGUGGUACUUGGCUUCUGGGAGAUACGGAUCUGGUUCUUGGGCCCAGCACCAAGGUUUUGAACGACACCAUAUCUGCAGCAGCGUACGCAAGGGCCUGUUAUGGUGGGCAAUCGGAAACUCUGGAGUGUAAUCAAUACGUCAAGCAGGCAUUGCCAUUCACUACCGAAUUAAAAAAUCAAAGUGAAGCCUGCCCAUUCGAGGAUGGAAUGUGUCUGAUACGAUCACCUGUGUACAUUCUUGAUACGGGAAACCUGUCAUCUCACGAACACUUUGGUAUAAACGCAAAGACACAAGAUCGAGUCACAUAUCGCCGAAAGACAAUUUGUGCUCCAAUCAAAACGAAAGACUUCAUUGACAGUUUCAAUUGCACUGAUGCAAAAAGAAUUGAUCGAGGUAGAUUUAGUUGCUCUGAGGGCGACAUCGUGGAUUUGUUCAAAUUUGGGGACGUGGGGUACCAUACAAACCCUCGUAGUAAUUACACCCACGCGUACAAUCGGCGCGCAGCCUCGGUUGGGUACGGCUAUGCUCUGAGUUCAGUAGAUUAUAGCAGUGGUGAUGGCGACGAGGUUAAUGCGUGGCGACCCGUGCCCGCAUUGCACCGAAACGAUGGAGACAUCUCCUUGAUGUUUUUGUCAGCGAACGAGAUUAAGUACUACGGUAUGGUGAAAGAUCCGAUAUUCCAGGCUACUACUGUGUCGAAAUCGGCGCUGGAUAACGGUAAAAAUGUAACAUUUUACGUCUCUGACUACUACGUGAAUCCUCUCGCCUGCUUCGAGCAGAAUCAAAUCUGCAAUCCGGCGAAGAACAAAUGCACAGCGAUGGAUGCAUAUCAGACCGUGGUACACUCUGCCCAGAAAGACAUCGACUUGAAUCCGUUACAAAUCAGCUUUGUGUCAUUACUUUCUCUCGACCUCUGGCUUUCAACGAUAUCUCAGAAUAUUGGUGGGCGAGGCAAUUAUGCGCUUCGUGCCCAAGAACAAGUCAGGGAGCUUCUUUCCACGCCGAUACCCCCUGAUCAGUGGCAACAAGAGGUCAAAUCCUGGUUUACAACUGGACUUGCAAAACUGCAAAGAUAUACUGUCGACCAUGCAAGAGGGCCAGAGAACGUACUUGAAGGUACCUACAUUGAAAAGCCCAACACUACAGAAGGGCAUUACCUCUGUAACAAUCAGAUUGUCAAAUCACCUCCUGGCUCUGGCACGAUGUCAUUCUCUACGCUGGGAGUGUCGAUUGUCUUGGGCUUAGGAGGACUGCUCAUCUUGACUCACACGAUCCUUGACUAUGUUGUGAGCAAUUGUAUCCAGGGCCGCUCUUACAGGUUAACUAGAUGGGCUAUGGAUGAAAAGUUACAACUACAACGAUUGGCCUUCGAGGGUGCAGGUCUUGGCCGUUGGAAGUCAGGGGUUCAGUCUGUUCCCGUUACGACAAAGAAACAAGACUUUAUUAUCGACGUAUAUGACGGUGAUAGCAUCAAGACGCAGUUCGCAGGUCAUCUUAGCUUUACACCUGAGCCGGCUUCAAUUGACUGGCCCUUCAGAGAGUCAGAGGAGCUCUCUACGGAGGGCGAAUGA